AUGACGUUCUCCUGUCUGCCGUUUACCACUUUUGGAGUUAUUUUCUUAACACUGCAAAUUUUACACCAAGGCAACAGUAUGUGUACACUCAAUGGUAACCCGUUUCGGAGAACAGAGCUGUUCGAUCUACGAUUCAGUGCCUAUACUCUUUCAGCAAGUUCUCAAACCUUGAAUGAUUGUGUAUCACUUUGCGAUUCAAAUCUUUGCAUAUCGUUUGGAUAUAAUUAUCUCACUGCGGUAUGCUACCUUUACGAUAGAAGAGUUUUAUUCGGAGAAGAUUCUGCUGUAUUUGAAGACGGAAUGGUAAAUUACUGGACUGUCGCAGAGUCAUGCCCGGGGGAUUAUACAUUUACAAGCACAACAAAUUUAUGUUAUAAAUUGGUUUAUACCAAGCUGAAUCAUUCGAUGGCCAAUAACGUCUGUGCUGCUGAUGGUGGACAUUUACUUAUACUUGAUUCACCAACUAAAAGGACUUACUUUUUCUCGGAGCAUGGUUAUGAUCUAAGAAAUUUUCUGGUUGGGGGUCAACAAGAAGCAGGAGGGGGGUAUUGGGCGUGGUUUAAUGGUGCCCCUAUAACUAUAUGGCUUUAUAACCAACCUGAUGAUUGGUACACCGAGGAUUGUCUCAUCCUAUAUUACUCACCUAAUUCAGUAAGGUAUUUAGGUCUGCAAGCGGGUAUAACCACAAAUGAUAUUGGCUGUGGUAACAGAGCAAAAUUUAUAUGUGAAAUACCAUUAAGCCCUUAA